AGCGGCACCGUGGCUGCCGCAGCGCGCAGAGGCUGUGGAGGGGCUUACGGCUCCCAGCCCACGGGUCCUAGACCCAGGGGCUGGGCCUCCAGCCCCCCGCCCCGAUCCCAGCUGGGUAGAGCAAUGCUGCGCUACCUGCUGAAAACGCUGCUGCAGAUGAACUUGUUCGCGGACUCUCUGGCCGGGGACAUCUCCAACUCCAGCGAGCUGCUCUUGGGCUUCAACUCCUCGCUGGCGGCGCUCAACCACACCCUGCUGCCUCCCGGCGAUCCCUCUCUCAACGGGUCAAGGGUAGGACCGGAGGAUGCUAUGCCCCGCAUCGUGGAGCAGCCGCCAGAUCUGCUGGUCUCCCGAGGCGAGCCCGCCACGUUGCCCUGCCGCGCUGAGGGCCGACCCCGACCCAACAUUGAGUGGUACAAGAACGGGGCGCGUGUGGCCACUGUGCGAGAGGAUCCGCGUGCGCACCGCCUGCUGCUGCCCAGCGGCGCCCUCUUCUUCCCGCGCAUCGUGCACGGGCGCCGCGCGCGGCCGGACGAAGGUGUUUACACUUGCGUGGCUCGCAACUACCUGGGGGCAGCAGCGAGCAGAAACGCCUCGCUGGAAGUGGCAGUCCUCCGUGAUGAUUUCCGGCAGUCUCCUGGAAACGUGGUGGUGGCAGUGGGGGAGCCAGCAGUACUGGAAUGCGUGCCCCCCCGCGGCCACCCGGAGCCUUCCGUGUCCUGGAGGAAGGACGGUGCAAGACUCAAGGAAGAGGAAGGAAGGAUCACGAUCCGUGGAGGGAAGCUGAUGAUGUCACAUACACUCAAGAGCGAUGCAGGCAUGUAUGUGUGCAUGGCCUCCAAUAUGGCGGGAGAACGGGAGAGUGCGGCAGCUGAAGUCACGGUACUGGAGCGUCCCUCAUUCCUGCGCAGACCAGUGAAUCAGGUGGUCCUGGCUGAUGCCCCUGUGAAUUUCCUAUGUGAGGUGAAGGGGGAUCCCCCACCUCGUCUCCGCUGGCGCAAGGAGGAUGGGGAACUGCCCACAGGCAGGUAUGAGAUCCGGAGUGACCACAGCCUUUGGAUUGGGCAUGUGAGUGCCGAAGAUGAGGGAACGUACACCUGUGUGGCGGAGAACAGUGUGGGCCGCGCUGAAGCAUCUGGCUCCCUCAGUGUUCACGUCCCACCCCAGUUGGUGACCCAGCCCCAGGACCAGAUGGCAGCUCCUGGAGAGAGUGUGGCUUUCCAGUGCGAGACCAAAGGAAACCCCCCACCUGCCAUCUUCUGGCAGAAGGAGGGGAGUCAGGUCCUGCUUUUCCCCAGUCAGUCACUUCAGCCGACGGGGCGUUUCUCAGUGUCUCCAAGAGGCCAACUCAACAUCACUGCAGUGCAGCAUGGCGAUGCUGGGUACUACGUGUGCCAGGCUGUCAGUGUGGCUGGCAGCAUCCUGGCCAAGGCCCUGCUGGAGAUAAAAGGAGCCUCUUUGGAUGGGCUGCCUCCUGUCAUCCUCCAGGGACCAGCCAAUCAGACGCUGGUGCUUGGCUCCUCCGUGUGGCUGCCAUGCAGAGUGACUGGGAACCCUCAACCCAGUGUCCGAUGGAAGAAGGAUGGGCAGUGGCUGCAGGGGGAUGACCUCCAGUUCAAGACAAUGGCCAACGGUACCCUGUACAUCGCCAACGUGCAGGAGAUGGACAUGGGCUUCUACAGCUGUGUGGCCAAGAGUUCCAUAGGGGAAGCCACGUGGAGUGGCUGGCUUAAAAUGCGGGAAGACUGGGGAGUAUCACCAGACCCCCCUACAGAACCCAGUACUGCUCCAGGGGCUCCCUCUCAGCCAGUGGUCACUGAGAUCACCAAGAACAGCAUUACCCUGACCUGGAAGCCCAUCCCACAGGCUGGGGCUGCAGUCACGUCUUAUGUGAUAGAGGCCUUCAGCCCAGCAGCUGGCAACACGUGGCGUACUGUGGCAGAUGGCGUGCAGCUGGAGACACACACAGUCAGCGGUCUGCAGCCCAAUACCAUCUACCUGUUUCUGGUUCGAGCAGUGGGAGCCUGGGGCCUCAGUGAGCCCAGCCCCGUCUCUGAGCCUGUCCGUACACAGGAUAGCAGCCCCUCUAGGCCAGUGGAAGACCCAUGGAGAGGCCAGCAGGGACUGGCAGAAGUGGCUGUGCGCCUGCAGGAGCCCAUAGUCCUGGGUCCCCGGACCCUGCAGGUGUCCUGGACUGUGGAUGGCCCAGUCCAGCUGGUGCAAGGUUUCCGGGUGUCUUGGAGGGUAGCAGGCCCUGAGGGAGGAAGCUGGACAAUGUUGGACCUACAGUCCCCAAGCCAGCAAAGUACUGUGCUAAGAGGACUCCCUCCAGGGACCCAAAUCCAGAUCAAGGUGCAAGCCCAAGGCCAGGAGGGGCUCGGGGCUGAAAGCCUCUCUGUGGCCAGGAGCACUCCUGAGGAGGCCCCCAGUGGCCCCCCCCAGGGAGUGGCGGUGGCCUUGGGGGGUGAUGGCAACAGCAGUAUCACUGUGUCCUGGGAACCUCCACUCCCCUCCCAGCAAAAUGGGGUCAUCACGGAAUACCAGAUCUGGUGCCUGGGCAAUGAGAGCCGCUUUCACCUCAAUCGGUCUGCAGCAGGCUGGGCACGCUCCGCAAUGCUCCGAGGACUGGUGCCCGGUCUCCUCUAUCGAACCCUGGUCGCGGCGGCCACCAGCGCAGGCGUGGGCGUGCCCAGUGCCCCGGUGCUGGUGCAGCUGCCGUCCCCGCCGGACGUGGAGCCCGGGCUGGAGGUGGGCGCGGGGCUGGCGGAGCGGCUGGCGAGGGUGCUGCGGGAGCCCGCCUUCCUCGCGGGCAGCGGCGCCGCCUGCGGGGCGCUGCUUCUCGGGCUCUGCGCCGCCCUCUACCGGCGCCGGAAACAGCGCAAAGAGCUCAGCCACUACACGGCCUCUUUUGCCUACACACCGGCAGGUAAGCCAUCUCUGCCCCAGUGGGGUUCAGACCCCCCAGGACGGGCCCUUCUCUUACUCAUUCGCCCCCUCAUUUUCCCCAGUGUCCUUCCCGCACUCAGAGGGCCUCUCUGGAGCCAGUUCCAGGUAAUUCUCUUAGCCCAUUUCCUCAGGAUGACCUCCACCGAGAGGCCACUCUUCUUACGCCCUGCCGCCGCCCCAGGUGGAAGGAGCAUGACCACCUCCCACCCCAACACCACCGCCACUGUCCCGCGACUCCCGAAUAUCGCCACCUCCCUUUCCUUUGCUGGCCUCUUUAAGCUCUCCGUCCCCAACGCUCACCUGCUCUCCCUCAGGCCACCCAUGGGCCUUGGCCCCGCCCCCUACCCAUGGCUGGCAGAUUCGUGGCCCCACCCAUCUCGAAGCCCCUCGGCCCAGGAACCCAGGGGAAGCUGCUGCCCUAGCAAUCCUGACCCGGACGACAGAUAUUACAAUGAAGCAGGAAUCUCCCUGUAUCUUGCUCAGACGGCCCGGGGCACGGCCGCCCCUGGCGAGGGUCCUGUCUAUAGCACCAUUGACCCAGCGGCGGAGGAGCUGCAGACCUUCCAUGGAGGCUUCCCCCAACAUCCCUCAGGAGACCUGGGCCCCUGGAGCCAGUACGCUCCUCCAGAGUGGAGCCAGGCGGACAGUGGAGCCAAGGGAGGCAAAGUGAAGCUUCUGGGGAAACCUGUGCAGAUGCCCUCUCUGAACUGGCCAGAAGCCCUGCCCCCACCUCCUCCUUCUUGUGAACUGAGCUGCCUAGAGGGGCCGGAGGAGGAGCUGGAGGGCAGCUCAGAGCCAGAGGGGUGGUGCCCGCCAAUGCCUGAGAGAAGUCACCUGAUGGAACCCAGCUCCAGUGGGGGGUGCCCGGUCACUCCAUCCCUAAGGGAAACCCCCUCUCCCACGCCUUCCUAUGGACAGCAGUCCACAGCCACUCUUACGCCCUCACCUCCUGACCCUCCCCAGCCCCCAACUGACAUGCCCCAUCUCCAUCAGAUGCCCAGGAGGGUGCCUCUUGGGCCGAGUUCCCCUCUCAGUGUAUCCCAGCCCAUGCUGGGCAUCCGUGAAGGGAGGCCUGCUGGCUUGGGUGCUGGCCCUGCAGCCUCACCCCACCUCAGCCCCAGUCCUGCCCCUAGCACAGCCAGCAGUGCCCCAGGCAGAACCUGGCAGGGGAAUGGGGAGAUGACUCCCCCACUUCAAGGACCCCGUGCUCGAUUCCGGAAGAAACCCAAGGCUCUUCCCUACAGGAGGGAGAACAGUCCUGGGGACUUGCCCCCACCACCCUUGCCACCGCCAGAGGAAGAGGCGAGCUGGGCCCUAGAGCUGAGGGCAGCAGGCAGCAUGUCCUCCCUGGAGCGGGAGCGCAGUGGGGAGAGGAAAGCGGUACAGGCUGUGCCCCUGGCAGCCCAGCGGGGGCUCCACCCGGAUGAAGAGGCCUGGCUCCCGUACAGCAGACCAAGCUUCCUGUCCCGCGGCCAGGGCACCAGCACAUGUUCCACGGCCGGCAGCAACUCUUCCAGGGGCUCCAGCAGCUCUAGGGGCUCCCGGGGCCCUGGCCGGAGCCGGAGCCAGAGCCAAAGGCCAGGACAGAAACGCCGAGAGGAACCAAGAUGACCCUUGUUGGGGCAUUGAGAAUAUCAGGAGUGCCAUGGGGAAGGGGAGUAGGGAUGUCUUUUCCCUCCCAGCAGUGAUGAGUGGGGCUAGCUGAAGCCCAUUGGUUUCCACGAUUUCAAUUGGCUGAGAAGGCAGAGAGCUAGCUCCUCCCUUUCUUUCUCUUUCCACCUGAGACUUGUUUAUAAAAAACAAAACAAUAAAAAGAGUCUGACCAGA